UGGUCCGUCUAUAAACAGACUCAGCAGGGGUCAUUAGAUUACGUCAUCGAAAUCGCCGUAUUAAAUGAGUCCUUUUUCUUUAUCAACACGCACGGUUUAGGUAACAGUGUGUUGUAUGUAAAAAAAAAAAAAAAAAAACACAAGACACUGACAGCAACCCAUUUCACGAAAGUGACGUGCAGUUGUAUUCUUAUCCACUGGCCUUGGCGUGAAUCAUCAUAGAACGAGGAUGCUGCGUGUAUAGGCAUAGGUGUACACGAUAACUGUUUGAAAAAUACAAGGCUUAUUGGAAAAUUUUGUGUCUGCAGGAUGGAGGAAAUAUUAAAAAAAUUGCAGAAUGCUGCAUCGGGAAACAAACACAAAGCAAUAAGGGAAGCCUGCGCUUUAGCAUAUGAGACCCUUGAAGCACAGAAUGGAUCAAUCGAUAUUAAGCCGUGUCAGCUGAGGGAGAGAUGUCUGGUUCCUCUCAAGCUGGCCCUGGAGUCCAAGAAUAUGAAGCUGGCCCAGAAUGCCCUCACUGGAAUGCAGAAGCUUCUGUCUGAAGAGAGAUUCAUAUCCAUGGAAACGGAUUCUGCGGAGAAGCAGUUGCUGAAUCAGAUGCUGGAUGCUGUCAAAAUAACCCCAUCCCUUCAUGAAGAUUUGCAGGUCGAGGUUAUGAAGGUUUUGUUGUGCAUAACUUACUCCUCUACCUUUGAGAUGAACAGAGACUCCAUUUUGAAAAUUGCUGAGGUUUGCACUGAGACAUACACGUCAAGCUGUCACCAGCGCAGCAUAAACACUGCUGUGCGGGCCACGCUCAGCCAGAUGUUGAGCGACUUGACUCUUCAGUUGCGUCAAAAGCAGGAGAACAUGACAGCAGAUGGGCAGGAAGAGUCAUUACCAGUGUGUCAGCAGAAAGAUGCUUUGUCUACCGAGGAGCCUCUGCGUGAGGAUAUUGUUUCUGUUCUUGCUGUCUUCUGUGAGAAGCUGCAGGGAGUUAUUAAUGAGAACCAGCAGCUCCAGCUCCUGUACCUGGAGUGUAUCCUCUCCAUGCUGAGCAGCUGUCCUCCCAGCAUGCACCUGCACAAAAGCUUCACAGAUUUGAUAUGGAAGCAGCUGUGCCCAGCCCUGAUUGUGAUCCUGGGGAACCCCAUGAAUGACAAAACCAUCACGUCGGCCCACGGGGGUGUGUUGCAGGAGAUGGACACCUCCUCUCUGGGGCUCUCAGACCAUGGCCGUGGCUCAGGCUGUUCCUCCAGCGCCCCCACCCUCAUCGGCCCUGUGGCACGCACCAUUUACUACAUAGCGGCAGAGCUGGUGCGGCUGGUGGGGUGUGUAGAGUCUAUGAAGCCAGUGCUGCAGUCUCUCUACCACCGGAUACUGCUGUACCCCCCUCCCCAGCACAGGGUGGAGGCCAUCAAGAUUAUGAAGGAGAUUCUGAGCAGCUCCCGGCGCCUGUUUGAUCUGGUGGCACCUGCUGUUUCAGAGCCAGAAACUAGAAAGAGAUCCUUCUCCAAAAGAAAAUCCCAUCUGGACCUCCUGAAACUCAUAAUGGAUGGCAUGACUGAAGCCUGCAUGAAAGGGGGGAUAGAGGCCUGUUUUUCAUCAGUGUCAUGUGUGUGUUCACUGCUGGGAGCCCUGGAUGAAAUGAGCAAGGGCAAGGGCCUCCAGCCUGAGCAGGUCAACCUUCUUCUGCGUCGCCUGGAGGAGCUGAAGGAUGGAGCAGAGUCCACCCGAGAAUCCAUGGAGAUCAACGAGGCCGACUUCCGCUGGCAGCGCCAUGUUCUCUCCUCCGAACACACCCCAUGGGAGCUUGACAAUGAGAAGAGCCCUGACAUCAGCAUCAGCGUCACCACAGAUACAGGCCAGACCACUCUGGAGGGUGACCUGGGGCAGACCACCCCUGAAGAGAACAUGGAUGAACCUUCCCCUUGUGGACAAGACAAUGGGGAAAUCUCAAGCAGGGAUGCAGAAUUAGAAGCAAAUGAGCAACCUGAUGUGAUCCAGAGAAGUCACGCACUGGUCUACCCGGAUAUAACCAACUUCCUGUCCGUGGAGUGCAGGGCUAGGUCUCACGGAUCAAGAUACAGUGAAAGCAACUUCAGCGUGGAUGAACAAGAUCUCUCAAGGACUGAGUUUGACUCCUGUGACCAGUACUCCAUGGCAGCAGAGAAAGACUCUGGAAGGUCUGAUGUCUCAGAUAUGGGCUCCGACAACUGCUCUUUGGCAGAUGAGGAGCAGACCCCCAGAGACUGUCCUGGUCACAGGUCUCUGCGCACAGCAGCCCUCUCCCUAAAGCUGCUCAAGAACCAGGAGGCCGACCAGCACAGCGCACGGCUGUUUGUCCAGUCCCUCAUUAGCCUCCUCCCUCGUCUACUCAGCCUCCAGAGCACCACAGAGGUGGACUCCUCGCUCCAGAGCUUCUCCUCCACAUUCUGCUUGGGCCUGCAAGCUGGUGGUAUGCAUUCACCAGGAUUUGAAGCAAGCGACCAGCUUAGUUGUCAGGCACUUAUGAAUGCAGAUGGACUCUACCUUGUCUCCUACUAUGCAAUCCUUCUCAACCUAAAACUGUGUUGCUGUGACUACUACAGAAAGAAACCAGCUCCAGUUCUUGUUAGUUUGAAGGAGUUUGUGAGGCAGAUUCAGAGCAGUGGGGUGCUGGUAGUUUUGUCCCAGGCUUGGAUAGAGGAGCUGUACCAUCAAGUCCUGGACACGAACCUGCUGGGAGAGGCUGGGUACUGGGGGGCACCAGAGGAGCACUCCCUGCCACUUAUCACUAUGCUAACAGAUAUUGAUGGCCUGGGCAGCAGUGCUAUUGGAGGGCAGCUCAUCAUCAAGGCCUCAAUGCAGUCUCCUCUUUCCCAUGACAAAAGUGCAGCUGAUUCUGUGGUGGCAGGUGUGGUCUUCGCCCGCUACAUCCUGAUUGGUUGCUGGAAAAACCUGAUUGACACCCUGUCGACACCGCUGACGGGCAGGAUGGCUGGGAGCUCCAAGGGCCUAGCGUUUAUCCUGGGAGCAGAGGGGGUGAAGGAACAGAACCAGAAGGAACGGGACGCCAUCUGCUUGAGUCUGGAUGGGCUGAGGAAAGCGGCUGGGCUAAGCUGUGCUUUAGGUGUUGCUGCGAACUGCGCCUCCACUCUGGCCCAGAUGGCUGCUGCAUCCUGCGUGCAAGAAGAUAAAGAUGACAAAGAAGCCCCUGAGUUUAGUGACACCAUAUCACAAGUGAAACAGAAGGUAGAGCAAAAGUUGGAGCAGAUGGGAAGGCCCCAGGGAGUUCGGCUGCACACGGCUCAUGUGCUCUGCAUGGACGCCAUUCUGAACGUGGGCCUGGAGAUGGGUAGCCACAACCAGGACUGCUGGCCACACGUUUUCAGGGUGUGUGAGUAUGUGAGCACUCUGGAGCACAGCCACUUCAGCGACGGCUCUUCUCAGCCAGCCGUCACAAUCACGCAAGCUCAGCAGGCUGUGGAAAUAGCCCUGGAGCUCAGGCAAGACAGUCUGGAGCAGGACCUGACAGUCAGCCACCCCGUCAUCCAGCCUCUGUCUAUCCAAGAUCUGCUGAAGGAGACUAGCAAGGGCAAAGUGUUCGACUUCCAGGGAGGGAGCCUGCUGAGUGGGAGUAGUGCCGCCAAGGCAGUCUGCACGCUCUCCACACAGGCUGACAGGUUAUUCGAAGAUGCUGCUAACAAACUAAACCUGUCUGCCUUGGUAGGAUUUCUCCAUCAGCUGAGAAAAGCAUCCCAGUCCCAGCUCUUUAAUUCAGUGACAGAAAUGGGUGCCUACUCCUUGGCUAUGCCAGGGAAAGCCAAGUCAACUCAAGACCGCGCCAGUGCGCUACACCUCUUCCGCCUGGGGGACGUGAUGUUGCGUAUUGUUAGGAGCAAGUCACGCCCACUGCUGCACAUGAUGAGGGCCUGGAGUGUGGUGGCUCCUCACCUGGUGGAGGCCGCUUGCCACAAGGAGAGACACGUUUCCCAAAAGGCCAUUUCCUUCAUUCAUGAUGUCCUCACAGAGGUCCUGUCUACCUGGAGGGAGCUGCCUCAUUUCCAUUUCAACGAGGCCCUGUUCCGCCCCUUUGAGCACAUCAUGCAGCUGGAGCUGUGCGACGAGGAUGUCCAGGAUCAGGUGAUCACCUCCAUAGGCCAGCUGGUGGAAGUGUGCUCCCCACAGAUCCAGUCUGGCUGGAGGCCUCUCUUCAGUGCACUGAGGACAGUGCAUAGUAAUAAGACCGAUGUCAAAGACUACCUGGUUGGCGAAUAUUCCAUGGGAAAAUGCCAAGCUCCUGUGUUUGAUGUCUUUGAAGCGUUUAUCAGUACCGACAAUAUUCAAGUUUUUGCCAAUGCUGCCACCGAUUACAUUAUGUGCCUUAUGAAGUUUGUCAAGGGGCUAGGAGAAGUGGACUGUAAGGAGAUUGGAGACUGUGUUCAUGGCUCCGGGUACAGUUCUACAGAUUUGUGCCUUCCUGCCCUAGACUACUUAAGGAGGUGUUCACAGUUGCUUGCCAAAAUCUACAAAAUGCCUUCUAAGCCUAUUUUCCUCAGUGCGCGAUUGGCCAGCUUGCCUAUGAAAGUGCAGGAGAGAUCCACCAGCAGUGAAGACGGUGUCGAAUCCAUUCUGGCAGAGUUUGAUGAUGACACUGGACUGAUCCAAGUCUGGAUACUGUUACUGGAGCAGCUCACAGCAGCUGUCUCCAACUGCCCUCGUCAGCACCAACCCCCAACGCUGGAUUUGCUCUUUGAGCUUCUGAGAGAAGUCACUAAAACACCAGGGCCUGGGUUUGCCAUAUUUUCUGUCAUCCAGCUUCUCCUUCCUGUGAUGUCGCUGUGGCUCCAGCGUAGCCAUGGUGAUCACUCUUACUGGGAUGUAGCCGCAUCUAAUUUCAAACAUGCUAUUGGCUUGUCUUGUGAGCUUGUGGUGGAACAUGUUCACAGCUUCAUCCAUUCAGAUAUUGGUUAUGAAAGCAUGAUAAAUUUGAUGCUGAAGGAUCUUUUCAAGCUUCUGGUUGCUUGUGUGGCAGAGCCUACUGAAACCAUCUCCAGAGUGGGCUGCUCCUGCAUUAGGUAUGUACUUGUUACUGCAGGACCUGUGUUUACAGAAGAGAUGUGGAGACUUUCCUGUUGUGCACUGCAAGAUGCUUUCUCUGCCACUCUAGAACCAGUCAAGAAUCUGUUGGCCUGCUUCCACAGCGGCUCAGAUAGCUUCUCUGGAGAUGCGUGUGAGGUGAAGGUAGCAGCUCCUUCCCACUCGGCAACUGCAGAGGCAGAGUAUUGGAGAAUCCGAGCCAUGGCACAGCAGGUCUUCAUGCUAGAUACCCAGUGUUCUGCCAAGACACCCAAUAACAAGGAAGGCUUUGAGCAUGCACAGUCCUGUGUACUUAUUAUUGAAUUACCUGCUGAUGAAAAAACAAAUGGCCACACUGAAAAAAGAAUCCCAUUUAGGACCAUAGUGGUCAGCUUGCUGUCCCAUCAGGUGUUGCUUCAGAACCUGUAUGAUAUUCUGUUAGAAGAGUUUGUGAAGAGCUCCUUCCACACAGAAUCUCAAGAGAAGUCUAACCCGGUAUCAGAAACCAAGCGAGCUGGGUUCUUGAGACACAUUUCCAUGCAAAACCUGGCCAUUAUCUUCGACCUGCUGCUGGAUUCCUACAGGACUGCCAGAGAGUUUGACACUAGGCCCGGAUUAAAGUACCUGCUCAUGAAAGUAUCUGGAGUCUGCGGGGCUGCCAACCUCUACCGCCAGUCUGCCAUGAGCUUCAACAUCUACUUUCAGGCCUUGAUCUGCGCUACCUUGACCAGCCAGGAGAACAUCACCGCCGAACAGGUGAAGAAGAUCCUCUACAAGGAAGAGGGCAGCACGGACUCCUCCCAGCAGUGCUCCUCGGAGGAUGAAGACAUCUUUGAGGAAACAGCCCAGGUCAGCCCUCCAAGGGGAAAGGAGAAAAGACAGUGGAGCGCCACGAUCCCCUCCUUCAGCAUCCAGCCUAUUAACAAUGCAGAUUGGGCUUGGCUGGUGAAGCGCCUCCACAAACUCUGCAUGGACCUUUGUACCAACUACAUCCAGAUGCACCUUGAUCUAGAAAGUAACAUGGAUGAUACCCCAGUCCUUAAAGCAGACACUAUAUUCUUUCUCCCACUGUUUCCUUCUGAGACUUCAACACCCUCUACCGGAGGUCUUUCAGGAAAGGGCACCCCGUCAGAAGAAAGUGUACGUAACCAAGUUGUAGAGACGCCAGCAGAGGAGACACCAACAUUGGGGUUAAGCACGAGUUGCCUGUCACCACUGACACACAAACUGGAGAAGAGAGAGCAGGACAAGAAGGAGUGGUGGGAGAGUGCUGGGAACAAGCUUUACACCAUCGCCACAGACAAGACCAUCUCCAAGCUCAUGGUAGAGUACAAGAAAAGAAAGCAGCAGCACAACUUGACUACCUUUGUGAAGGAGUCAAAGCAUGACAAGAAGGGGGACCUUGUCACACUACGGGGCCCAGACUCCCCAGUUCUGCAGAGGGCACAACAGCUGGUGGAUCAAGGUCAGAUGAGACAUUCAUUGAGCGCCGGCCCAGAGGUUUUGAGGCAGGAGAAGCGGCCCCGUUCAGGGUCUGUGGCCAGUUCCCAAAACAUUUCAUUGCGAGAUGCCGAGGCACAGAUCCAGGCUUGGACCAAUAUGGUAUUAACAAUCCUCAAUCAAAUACAGCUCCUUCCGGACCCAACGUUUGUAGCUCUUCAGCCUGCUGUGUUUCCAUGCAUCAGUCAGCUGACAUGUCACGUGACUGACAUACGGGUUCGCCAAGCUGUGAGGGAGUGGCUGGGGAGGUUGGGCAGAGUCUAUGACAUCAUUCUGUAAGACAUAUUCUGUUUCUAAGAAAAAAAAAGAGAGAGAAAUAAAAGAAAGAAAAAUAAGUGGGCUAUGGCCUAAAUAAGGGGGUUGGAUUUCAUUUUGCAGUGUUGGGGGUGGGGAAAUGGAAAUGGGUGUUAAAUAAUAGUUCUAAUGUACAGUGCUAAAAUUUUAGAAAUAUUUGUUAGUGGUAGUUGUGUUAAUUUUCCUGUGUUUACUUGGGUGGAAACUUGGCAUUUACCCCCUUUUAACAAAAAAAAAAAAAUUGAAAAUUACAAACCUAAAAAAAAAAAAAAAAGAAAAUAUUGGCAAGAGCA